AUGAUUCGAAGUUCCCACGGCAACGGCAACGAAAUGAGUGACACUGAAAGUAUGGCCAGUUCACUCGUCUAUUCCGAGGGUAUGACAAUCUUAGAUGAGAGGCCGUCCCACUACUCCACACAACAGCUAAAAUAUCUGCCUGGACACAGCCUUGACAAUCCGUCAUACAAGCCGAGGCGUGUGCUCGUCAGACAUCGUGACGGCAGACUGUUGUCGGGAUGUGGUGGUGACGUGGAGGUGUUCCAUCCGAUGGAGCUGGAGCGUUCACAAAACACCGGACUACCAAUUCGUGGUACUGUGGCGACCGUAUUCGGUGGCAAAGAUACGGUAAUCGGUAUCAAAGCGGUCGAAGGAGGAGAUCACUUCCUCGUACACGGCGAACAGUACUGCUGCUUGCUCCAUCAGUCGUACCUCGUUGAGGGUGGAGUGGUGCCGGAACAUCGGGUGCUUCGGCUGCCGUCUCCAAUUCGAUCGCUCAACGUCGAACGACAUGGAAAGAAUGACCUCCUUCUCUCAUUUCUUCUCGAAAGUGGAAUAUUCCACUACAGUCUCAGCACAAACAUGGAGGACACGUCCUUCGAAUGUUUACAAUGCUAUCGUUGCACGCGUCCAAUUCAAUCUGGACUACUGUGGCGAGAUGGCGGAAUUCUUCACGUAGCCUACUAUGACGGUUUCAUCCGCGUCGGUAUCAUCAUCGAAGAGUACGACGACAUGCUGCUUGUUCAGCGUUUGUCGGUCUCCAAAAACAACGUGAAUACACUGUU